AAAAUUUUACUGUUUGUUCCCGAUCUGAUUCAUCAGAGGUGGCAGUUCAAUAGCAUAGGACGAAUAUUGAAGAAGUUACUUCAUGUGGGCAACACAGUGAAGGUUCGGAUUGAGGGGUUGAAAUUGUUCAUGCUUUGGUUCCAAGCCCUACAAGAUUCAGCUGAUGAGGAGUGCUACCUGAUCUAUGCUACGUUAAUACCUGGCUUCCCUGUACCUCAUGGAGUGCAAGGAAGUGAUCUUGAAGGCAUAAUGACACAAAACACUAAGUCACAACAAAUGGGUAUUGAUAUGUAUCCGAUCAAUGAAGUGGAAAUUUUUCCAAUCUUACCAACACAAACAGGAGACACUAUUGUGAACCUCUCUCAGAUCAUGUUUGAUGAGCUUCUUCAAUACAGUGUGGCUCAAGUAAGCAAGCUUCAAUGGAACGAUCCUGAUCAACCAAGAAAAUGUUUUGUAUUUUUAUUGGACAAUUUUAAGAAAUUUUAUUUACCCCAUGUUUUCUCUGAGUUCUCCCACAUUACCAGUCUGUACUCACCAAUUCUUGACAUUCCAGGCACACGUAAGAUCCAGCCAAAUGUUUCCAGUAGCCAAAUAACGCAUUGUAAAGUGAGUGUGGUCAGGUGGCUUGUUAUGUUUAUAGCCAAUAAGAAAGAAAAAGUACAAUCUCCACAACCAGAGGUCAUCAAAGACAAAGGAAACACACUUGACAGGUCUCUUACAGUAUCCAUUAGUCAAGAAUUACCAGAAAUACUAGGACACAAUGCUGUAACAACCAACAGCAAGCAGGCAACUGCGCCCUCUAAUGCCAAUACCCAACUAGAGGAUGUUGUCUCUGACAAGGAUAAGGCAGUUGUACGGGAAGUUCUCUACUCCAAUAGAGAAAAUAUCAAUUUUGUUCAUGAGAUUUUACGACAGGGAUUUCUUUUGCCAAUGUCUGAAUCCCAAGCUGUAAAGCGGUCUCUCAAGGUCUACCAAGAAUGGAUUCAGUCUACCAGUGGCACGGAGAAUAUGCCAGUGUUUUUGAAAAAACCGCCAGAGAUUCAAUUUUCACCACGGUCUGAGAGUACAGCUGAUGUUGCUGAUGAACAUAUUGAUAGCCCAACAGAUAAAGUUGAAGGAUUAAUACCUGAAUUUGAAGAGAAUCUUAAUACACCAGCACCAAAUAAGCUCCUUAAGAAUAUUGCAAAGACGAAACGCUCUGAAUCGUACCUAAGUGCAGUGACUUACAGAGCACAAGAAGAGAAGUCUGGCUUAGAAGCAGGCCUUCAGCCAACGCUACAAAUCUUUAUAACCAAUUCUGCCAAUACCUUUUUACUCGAGCCAGACCCUGAAGAAAAAGUUUUAAAAGAUCAUAUUGAUAUUUGUAAACGUGUGCUUGGUGUAUUUCGUCACAUCGUCAUGUAUGUGAAGAUGGAACAGGAAACUGUAGAACAACUACUUAAAGUCUUACUGAAGGUUACAGAAAGUAUCCUUGGAAGUACCAACACCAAAGCAAAAUUAAUGCUAGCAACCCAGCUGGCACAGGUGUUGUUUCAGACUUUAAUUGUUACAUGGAUCAAAGCGAACUUAGUUGUUAAAGUUCCUCUUGAGUUGUGGAAUGAAUUGUUACGUAUCUUAUCAUCUCUGACUAAUUGGAAAGAGCUAGUUGAGGAAUGGGCGAAAACUAUGGGAACAUUGACAAGAAUUUUAGCAAAGCAAGUAUACGGCCUGGACCUUAAAGAUCUACCUCUGGACAAACUCAGUGAACAAAAAGAAAAAAAACUACGCCACCGUAUAUCGUCCUCGACUGUGAAGGACCGGGGAAAGCACGAAAGAACAUUCUCACAAGAAGGCUGGAGUAGUUCUUCCCCACCCCCUGUCAAAAGUCCUGAGCACACACGUAGUAGGGUGUUAACAGUUUCAAGUCAUGAUGACCUCAAUGUAUCAAGGAACAGUAGGAUGCAGCGGAUGAAUAUUGCGUCAAAAAAAGAAGCCGUUGAAAUCCUUACAAAGCUUAAAGAAUCUGAAGAUGAAAGGCGGAAAGGUGUGCAACGUCAGCGAUCGUUUCCAGAAGACAACAAUGUUGAUAAAGGGAAACUGAUCCGCAGCAGUAGUACGGGGGAUGUUCAUCAGCUAACAGAUAUACUUCGUUUACAAGAAACCAAUGUUUUUAAGACAAAUGCAAUGAGGAAAGCAUAUACAGAAAGUGAAAUAUGUACAUUUGAUGAAAGCACAGAUGAUCAGACUUCUUGUCAAGACUGUGAAGCAAUAAAUGAGGAUGUUACGUACCAAGGAAGAAAUGCCAAUGAAGACGGGUUGAGCUUAGCCAGUUCAGAGAUCACUGAUCCAAGUAACACUGAAAGCUGUCGGCUGACACCCACAAGUCUGUCUGACGUACUUGACCCCCAGGCUCCUAUAAUGCAUACAUGUUCUAUUUCUAGUCACUCAAUAUCGUUGCUUAGCUCCUUCACUCCUGUGUCACCAAUGAAUGAUUCAGUUUCGUUGGAAGACCAAGUCAAUGCAGAGUUCAAGAGCAGGAGGCUUUUAAGGAGAGGUAGUAAUGAAGAUGAAGAUAAUGAUGACAGCGAUGGUGAAGAUGAAAUAUCCACUGCUGAUUCUAGUAUAAUCUCUGGCGGCAACCGAGCAGGUUGGUUACCGGAUGUUGCUGUUGUGCUUUGGAAGAGGAUGCUUGGUAUCCUUGGUGAUGUAAACAAGAUCUCUAAUCCACGCUUGCAUGCUGAAGUGUUUGAUUGCCUUUGUGAGUAUUGGCAGAUGUUGGCAAAGAUGAGGGAUAACCUUGGUAUCAGUACCGACAACCAGACCACACCACCACCGCCGGUUUUUAUACCACCACUCAGAAUACUCUCACCUUGGUUGUUUCAGGCUACUUAUCUGUCAGAUCGGUUUCAAAAAGGUCGAUUAUUUGCGUAUAAGCUCUUGUGUAUGAUGACGGUACGGCGGCAUGAUCAUCCGCUCCCGCAAGACCACCUGUUGCACUUCUACCGCGUCUUACAUUUCGGUCUCGUUGGAACCGAUCAGGAGAUAAUCAACAUAAUAAUUCAGCAUGCAGCCCCAGCUUUCUUUGCCUGCCUGUUGCCUGGGGCAACGAUGCUUGUCCUCGACUUUAUCCAAGCUGCCAAUAUGAUAACGUCUACAAUAGAUUUAGAAGCUCCAAGAACAGAAGCAGUAUCAUUACUUGGAUCACUGGUUUGUUAUCCAAACUUAUUCUGUGAGAUACCAUUAUUACAGCCUUCCGCAAAGGAGAUAACAACUAUGAAUUGUGCCGAUGUCAAGGACCACCUUAUCACAAGCCUUCUGAAGUGUGGCCGUCGGGAACCAAGCUGUGAAGCUCGAUGCAUUGCAAUAAGUAGUAUAGGCAUUUUUCUGUAUGAGGAGCUAGUUCACUGUACAUUUCACCACAAAAUCAAGGAGGCAGUCAAUGUUUUAUUAGCUUGCCUUAAGUUUAAUUACAAAGUUGUAGCCCAGGUGGCCUGCGAUAUGCUACUGCUUGUGAGUAACCAUGCCGACAGACUUGGGUGUCAUUAUCCAGAAAUGCCAAAGAAAAUAAUAGAGGUUCUCUCCAUGACAAUAUCAAGUCUACAAUUAAGCACAGAACUGAGUGAUGCCGAUGAGGACAAAAAGUUUUUAGUGUCCUUAAUGUUUUGUUUGUUGGAAUGGUGUAUGGCAGUUCCAAUAGAAUCACUCCAAACACCAACAGAAACCAAACUAUCUAAAGAAAAGGCACCGCUGCUGCUUACUGUGUUUAAGGUUCUCCAAUAUGCUGCUGAAGGGCUGCCAGCUGGCGGGAGGAACAGCAUCAGUCUGUCAGAGUUGUCAUCGUCAGACUAUGACCCUCACGUCACAUUGGAGUUAUUAAAGGAUGUACCCCAGGCUAAAUCUCAUAAUGCAACUAGCAUAAAUUGUAAAAUUGAUGUAGUUGUUGAGGAUUCUGGUGAUCAGUCAGUGAAGGUUUUACGUCUGGCAGCAACUACAGUAAUGUGUCACCUUGUCAAUCAUUUGAAUCAGUUCCCGUUAGAUGGAGGGUCAGCGUGCUUGACUGCAAAUAUCAACGAAUACGAUGAUAUUCCCAACCUUGACCUAGAUGAAAUAUCGCCCUCUAUGUUCCAAUCUCCUAACAUGCAGUUCUACGUCUACAAUGAAUCUGUGCUUGUGUCAGUUGUUGAGUUACCAGAAAACAAUGAUUCCGACUUUCUGAGUGAUAUGACUGGGGAUCUCACAACAAUGUCAACAAGAGCUAGGCUUAUAAUACGAGACUGCAGUGGUAAAUAUUCAUGGGAUGCUGCAAUACUCUAUGCCACACCGCCCUCUCCAGAACCAACCCCAACAGCUGUAGGUACACUGCGUCCUGGUUCAAUCAAUCCCACUGCCUUGUCACCAAUUGAACAAACAAUUGAAAAUACAUCACUGGAAAAACAAACAUAUAAACAGAACCUAGGUGAACUACCGAUGUGGGAGGAAGACGAGGCUGGAAACUCUGAUAUGAUAGAUGAGCUGUUACAAUUCAUAGGGUACACAAGCAGUGAAUGUCUACUGAUACCAGGUAUUCCUCUCAAUUUGCCGUCCCCUGCUCCGGAUCAGAUACCAUCGGACCUUGAGACUCUGACGACCAAUAGUCUGUUGCUUGAAUGCAGCCAGGAACAAGAGUACUUUGAAGCACAUAAGACAGAUGAAAGGAUAUCAGCUGAAUAUUUGAGCGAGACACCAUGCGAGGAGCCGUCAUCAGCAUUUCAACUGUGCCGUCAAUUGUUCAGUCAACUAGGUUUCAUGAACUGGGAAAAAAGCCGGGAAACACACAAAAUUGCAAUUUUUUAUGUAGCAGAAGGCCAGGAGGAUAAAAAUUCAGUACUUCUGAACAAUGGGGGCAGCAGACAAUAUGAAGACUUUGUUGCUGCCCUUGCAUGGGAGGUUGACUUAGCUAAGCAUCCUGGUUUUAUGGGUGGACUUCAAAAAAACAAAAGCACAGGUAACACUGCACCUUACUAUGCCACUUCCACAAUGGAGGUCAUCUUCCAUGUCUCAACACGUAUGCCAUCCAGCCCAGCUAGGUCUAAACGACUAAGACACCUUGGUAACGAUGAAAUUCAUAUAGUUUGGUCGGAACACACAAGAGACUACCGGCGUGGUAUCUUAGCAACCGAGUUUGGUGAUGUCAUUAUUGUUAUUUACCCAUUAGCCAAUCAACUUUUUAGGAUACAGAUUUUAAGAAAACCAGAAGUUCCAUUUUUUGGACCAUUGUUUGAUGGGGCAAUUGUAGACCACAAAGUGUUGCCAGGACUAGUACGGGCAACUGCAGUUAGUGCUAGCCGAGCCAAACGGUCAGUGAUACCGUUGUAUCAAAAAUUCUUUGAAGAGAGAAGCGCCAACCUCCACAACAUUAUCAGCAAUCAUAAGGAACCAACUACAUUCGAAGAGUUCUCAGCUCAGGUGUUUGCGCCUUCACUUAGCCGCAACAUCAAACCAGGGGUAAAAUUCAUUGUUGGAAACAAACUUAAGGAUCCAGAUUCAGCAAGUUUAGCUGCAGCAAUCCUAGAUGCGCAACUUAAGAACACACCAUCGUCGAAAUCACAGAAGUCCCGCUCUAACAGUAUUGGUCACUUGGAUGGGAGCACCAAGAAUCGUCGUAGUUACCCAGAGAAGCUGGUGCAUACCGUAAGCACAGCAGCUAGAACAGGUUUAAGUCAACUAGGUAAAGUAACAGAAGACAGGAACAAGAUGGAUGAGAAAGGACCCGUAGAGUUCACUAACUCCAUCCCAGGGGACGUACAGUCUCCCUUCCCAAAGGGCCGCACCAAGUCAAGACGUCUCGCCUCUAAUAAUUCACAUGAAGUAACACCGCCAGAAAGCCCAACUGUUACUAAGGGGGUUCGAGUUUGACAAUAAGCUCUUAUUUUUCUAAAAUUCUUGUCUUUUUCUAAAUUGUAUGCAAAAUAUUGAUAUAACCGAAAUAUUAAUUUCUGUUAUAUUAAUUUUUUAACUUGUUUUAACUGUUGACACAAUAUUAUAUUGAAUAUCAUUGUCAUGUACUUUAUAUAUAAUAACAAAAACAUUAAUUUUUAUUAAUAAUGUUCAGAUUGAUGUCAUCAACAUCCUCAUGUAUACAAUACAGGGCAUUGUUGUCAUUCAGGGGUGGCGCCAGCUUUUGGCCGACUAGCGGCGCAUCGUUACCUGACAGACAUCCAACUCAGCCCCACCAUAUUUCCUUCUUCCCCGACAGAUUUUACCGUGGUUUCCGCAAUGUCUGUGCUCCCCUGAUGGCUGGCACACCCACUUGUGGCAUCACCCCUUUUGUGAUUAUUCUGGACCAUUACUACUCAGGUGAUUUCAUUUAAUUAAUUGAGAUUGAGUUUUGUAUCCACUACCCACUACCUCUCUGGCACUGGCCAUCCAAGCCCCCCUGGCCCUUCCCUCCAUACCAUAAGUCCGUCUGCCACAGGCAUCCAUGUUCCUCUUGCAUUAGCCUCAGGCACCCAAGUUCCCUUCGGGCCAUCCCAUAUAGGCUACCAAAUACUGCAUCUAGCCCUUCUUCAAAUAUUCUAUUCAAUAUGCAAAUACAGUAUUUUAUUAUAUAUUAUUGUGAGAAUAGUGUUUACUUGUUAUUAUGUUAACCAAUCAAAGAUAGUUCAAGUUCAUAGGUCUGUAAAGCUUGUUAAAAAGAAAACAAUAAUUCAUUAUAUAAAUGUUUACAAGAAUCACUAAAUUUGAGUAAAUCUCCACAUUUUAUUUUACCACAUGCAAUCCACUUCGAAUGAUUAAUAAUUCCAGUCGGAUGUGUAUUCAAUAUCUGUGAAAGUAUCUUUAAAAAAAAGCUCAAAAACUGUUUCACCUUCAAGGAAACAUAGAUCAAACCAAUUUGGUUAUCACUGAUAAGAAAAUCCUUACAGAUGAUUAUUAUUUCUAUCCAAAGUAGAUGGGAACUGUAUUAUUAAUGCAUGUUAUUUACUUAGUAAAGAAAAUAUGUUCUUGUGCUAAUUUUUAAUUGAUAUCUAACAACGUACAUACUCAAAAGUUGGGAAUUCAGAAGAACCUCUUUACCAUGCCCAACUACAGUAACUGAUAAAGCAGAAUUGGGGUGCAAGCCCCGUAUUUUGUGGUGGCAUGGUCAUCACAGUUGUAGAUUUACAUGCAGGUACCUGAACAGCAGUUCGCUCAGCACCGGUCGCUUUCAUCAAGCAUGUAAUUUUUAUCCGGAAAACAUCAACAAAUCAAGUUUAUAAAAUAUUUUCUUUUUAUAACAAUUUUAUAAAUUCUAAAAAAACAUGUUAUAAUUUAAUAGGUAUUAUUGAUAAAAUGUAAGUUCAUAUGCAAAAAAAAAUUUUUUUUUUUUCAGUUAACAUAGAAUAUAUGUGAAAAUAGAUUGAAUUUAAAUGAGAUAUCACUGGACUAAAACAUGAUGUUUUGUCCCUUUUUCUAGCAUUAUAAAACAUUGAAAAGAUAAGGUAGCAAUAUCAUGAUAUCAGCUUGAACAAUAAUAGUACGCUUAAAAUAUGUGUGAAAAAAAUUAUUAUAUUCUUGAAAAUGAAUAUGCUGUGAGGACAUACAAUAUUUUACAUUACGGUAGUCUGUCAUGAACAGGCUAUUUUUCCCACACUUAUGUUGAUAGAUAUAUAUUUAAAAAUUAAUCAAUGCAUAUUAUAAAUAAUUUUUUACAUAUUUAAUUUUGUACAAAUUUUACGUAAAAUAAUUAAUCAUAUUUUUAUACAUAUUGCUGAUUAUUUUGUUUCUUUUAAAUUGUAAAAUAAUGUUUUGGUUUAUCUACAGAGUUGAAUCUUAGUAUCAUUAGCAUAUUUUAUGAGAGUUAUAAAUCAUUAAUGUUUUAUUAUAUGUGGGUGCAACGUGGUACUAUGUUAUCAACUCCCAGCUGUGUGUGUUACUUAGAAAAACGUAGUGAAUAACGUCAUCAUCAGUUUUGCAUAAUAUUAAGAUAAUAACAUUCAUUAUUAUUGUCAACGUCAUCAAAAUUAUUAUGCCUGUCGCCAGCAUCACCAUUAUUGCCAUCAUUAUCAAAAUAAUGAUCAUCUCCACCGUCGUCGUUAUUUUAUCAUCGUCUUCAUAAACGUGCCAUUAUUUUAUUCAUCACCCUCAUUACAAUUUUCAUCAUCCAUUUUUAUCAUCACAGUUUAUAUUAUAUUUAUCAUCAUUUCAUCAUCAUAAUCACAAUCUUUAUUACCACAAACUUCAUCAUCUUUAUGUCCCGCAUUUUCAUAAUAACCAAAAGAAAAGCAAGAUUUCCAAGACGUGAAAUUCAGGAUCGUUAAGGUAGCAUUAUUAUUUUUUGGUAUUCAUUGGCAGCCAUCACUCGCCUUACAUUUGGUUAGUCAAGUGGUAAAGCUAUGAAAUUUAUUAAAGCUUGAGAUUUUGAAACACAGGUAUUUUGGGCUCCUCGGUAUAAAAAAAAAGGUUUGUGUCAGUCGUACACAGUUUCUUUUUGGCCUUAUUACAAUCUUAAAUCAUUGUCUACUUCAACAUAGUUAUUAUCGCAAACUUUACAACCAUAACCUUCACCCCAUAUUCAUCGUCAUCAUCAUCUUCAUAGUCUUCAUCAUUGUCGUCGUCAUAGUCCUCACCAUUGUUAUCAUCGUCAUAGUCCUCACCAUCGUUAUCAUCGUCAUAGUCUUUACCAUCGUUAUCAUCGUCAUAGUCUUUACCAUCGUCAUCAUUCUCAAUAACCAUUAUAACGUUUUCUGUUUUUAUUGUAUUAUGUUCACUUCAUUAUAUCGUAUAUGGUGACAUUAAUUUUUUAAACUAAUGACAAACACACUUGGUGUAAAACGUCAUAAAUAAUUUCAUCGUAAUAAAAUAUGUAUCGACUGUUUCAUGGCGA